AUGCAAAUCCUCCGCCGCGAGAAGCUCUCGAAGAAAGCCAAGCAUCUAUUCGCCAAGUACGUGGGCCCAUGCCGCGUUGCAGCCUCGCUGCCCAAGACCAACUCACCCGACCAGCACAUCUCCGAAGCCGGGGCAAUCGCCAAGACAGGAGUACCCGACUUCAUCACCCACCAGUCGACAGCGCGACUAGGAUACUUACCAAGACUCCUGAAUCAUGCUCCAGCAGUCCUACCCCAGCUCCUCGACGGCCAGCGCCAACGAAAGGGCGCCUGGAGCCUCCAGCUCAAGAAGGACUUCAACUUCCUACGAACGCACUUACCAAGAGAGAGGUGGCCCAGCCAAACCCAGCACGACCACGACAUCAUCAACUGGGCCCGACAGAAGCCGAAGCUAUUCACCAACGCAGUCAAGGCAGCUUUGAAGGCCUACAUUCUCCACGUUCGCGACCAAGCUCAGGGCGCCAAGCUCCAGGAGGACAUCCAGAUGAUCACCGUAGCUCACCCAACUGAAGAGUUGGACCUCUGCGACGACACCAACAACCAGAAGUGCGCCUGCUACGCCUGCGGCCGAACCGAGCACCACUCUCUUCCGAGGCCCAUCAAGCACUUAUCGGUGGAUCACCGUUGCCGCAAAUCCUGGCAUGCCUGGCGCAUCCAGACGAUGGAGCAUCUGACGGAGCAGCAAAUCGCAGAGAACCUCACCGCCAUCGCCGAGGCCACAAACGCCAACAAGAAGCAAGGACGACGCCCAACCUUCAGCGACAAGCCAGCCCACCCGUGCGACGUUGCGCCGCUGCCGCUCCUCGAGACGUCGCCCGUCGUACCUAAAGUAUUCGUCAGACUUGAGUCAUCGCCAAGCAGUCCACCCGCGAGCUCGCCUGCGGGGCCAGCCGAGCGCCAUGAGGUCGUCUUCAUCACCGACCGCCAUCGACAGGCCGCCGACCUCCAGCAUAUCAUGGCCAACGGCGGGAUCACGAGCAUCAGCGGCUUGGACUACAUCCAGGUCGCAAUCCACAGCGAUGGCCAGACCUCAGAACUAAUGCCGGAACUUCGGCGAGUACAACGCAGGACCCGGCAUGGCGAGAUAGCGGCCAUCUACGUAGAGAUCCCACGACGAAGCUGGUACCUACACGAUGCAAGCGACGUUCUAGGCAGCAGCGCAAGCAAGCGGCGCACCCCCGAGGCACCUCGGGGAACGCCUGAAGUCUCCGAGACCAUCGCCGACGAGAUGUUCGCCGCCAACAACGUCACACGAGAGCAGUGCGUCGCCAACCUGAUGACUGUCUACGAGACCCCGACAAAUCACUACGACCUCGGCGCCACACAGAUCCUCGACAACGGCGCCCGCGACGACCUCCGCAACAUAAUGACCGCGGCGAACGCAGAGGAGAUCGACUUCGCCACCGCCGACCUGCUCGACGGCAACAUAGUGGCUAGACGGGGCCUCAGAACCGCAGCCGUUGCGCCCGCCAGCCAGAACCUGAACACCAACGACGCGUACUACACCGAACGAGAAGACGAA